AUGGGGGAGCAACAGAAAGAUCUAGAUUUUGUAAUUUUUGGGGCAACAGGUUUCACUGGUAAACUAGUAGUCGAAGAGUUUUAUCGAGCGGCACAAUACUAUCAAAAUUCCUUUCCUAAUGCUCCAAAAUUCACGUGGGCUAUCGCCGGACGAUCAGAGAAAAAAUUGUUUAAGAUGGCAAACAUUAUCAGUAUCACGACGUCCUCGAGUUCUGUACGACAACCAGAAAUGAUCAUUGCAGAUGUCACACGACCAGAAACUUUGGAUGUUAUGGCGAAACGUGCUAAAGUUUUGAUUGCGUGUGUGGGUCCAUUCAGGUUGUACGGUGAGCCGGUUGUGAAAGCAUGUCUGGAGAAUCACACAGACUAUGUGGAUAUUACCGGGGAAACGGAAUUCAUUGAACAGAUCCAGAUAAAAUAUCAUGAAUUGGCGAAAACGAGUAACGUUACCAUUGUUCCCGCUUGUGGAUUUGACUGUUUGCCAGCAGAUUAUGGCUUGCUUUAUACUAAACAGCAAAUGGAAGGGAUUAACGCGCUUCCUUCCUCAGUUGAAUUGUUUUAUCAUUUUACUACGGGGCCUUCUGGGACUACUUUGCAUUACGCAACUUAUGAGUCAGCAGUCUUAUCAAUACAACAUAUUGACGAUUUACGUAAAUUACGAGCAUCCGUGACUCGACUACGCGUUCCAAAGAUCGGACCGGAACUUAAAAAAAUCCCAAAUGGCAGAUGGGAGAAACGCGUUAAUGGUUACGUGACGCCUUUCUUUUUUGCGGAUCCGGCAGUUAUUCGACUUAGUCAACAGCUCGAUAUCGAACAUAAGAGUGAUGUGCAGCCCGUGCAAUUUUCCGCAUAUUUGGUUAUUCCAAAACUAAAGUAUUUACUGGAGUUAUUGAUCUGUUAUAAAGUUGCGAGUUUUCUGGCACAUUAUUCAUGGGGUCGGUGGUUGCUCCUCAAAUUUCCGAGAGUCUUUUCUUUAGGUUUCUUCUCACAGGAAGGACCAACGCUCGAGCAGAUCCAACAAACAAAAUUUGAGAUAUCAUUUUAUGCUCGUGGAUAUUCUAAAGAAUUAAUAGAAACCAUUGUCACUCAAGUGGCAGGUCCGGAACCGGGAUAUGUCACCACUCCUAUAUCUGUUGUGCAAUGUGCUUUCACAUUGUUAUUGGAAAAAACAAAAAUUCCUGCCGGGGUGUUAACUUGUAGUGUGGCGUUUGGAAAAACGGAACUGUUGAAGCGUUUGAUGAAGAAUGGUCUCGAUUUUAAAAUCCCUCAUGUUCGUACUUAA